AUGAGUUUAAAUCUUAGAAAUAAGAGCAAACAAAUCCAACGUCCACGUCCUCAAAAUACUUAUGUAAGAAAAAGUAAAAAUAAUAUAGACCUUUCAGACCAACUUAAUGAUAACAAUUUUGACAAUUAUAAUGAAAUUCAUCUGUUUGAUGAUAACAAUAAUUCUAAUAACUUUGAUGAUAUUUGUUUUUUUGAUGAUGAAGAUAAUAAUUCUUAUAACUCUUAUCUCUCCGAAAAUGACAACUCUGAUAAUAAUUCUAACUACUCAAACAAUAUUUAUCUCUUUGAAGAUAGCAAUAAUUCUGACUACUCCAACCUCUUCGAAGAUGACAAUAAUUCUGAUAUAGAAAUAGAUAUCUCUGAAGAAACUAAUUUUAAAAAUAUAACAUCAUUGAUGAUGUUUACUUGGAUUACAAAACAUAUGAUAGGAAAUUAUGCUUAUAAAGAUCUU